CCUCGCUGGCCACGGCGCUCGGCCAUUGGAGAUACGCGCUGUCCGUCCCGCCCCGCCGCCGCCCAGCGAACCUCCAGCGCCGCGGAGGGCUUCAGCGGAGAGAGCGGCGCGGCGCUGGGUGCUGGCGGGCUUUGCAGACGCAGAGCGGACGCGGCCCGCACCGGGUUGAGGGCUCGCCUUCUGUAGCCAUGACCCUCGCAGUCUGUCCUUUGGCCCCGGCGCGAGGUGUCUAAUACCCCGCACAGUCGCGCGCAGCUGCCGGAGAGCCGGCCGCUGCCCCCUCGUCGCCCUUGGCGCCUUAUCACUCUCCCUUUCCCGGAGCUGGGAGCAGCGCGGGCAGUCGGCGCCCCCGUGCAAACUGGGGGUGUCUGCUGAAGCAGCCCCCGCCGCCGCUGCCCCCGGCUCUGGCCAUGGCCUGGCGGGGCACAGGGCCGCGCGUCCUGGGGGCGCCCGGGGGCGUCGGUCUCAGUCUGCGGCUGCUGCUGCUGUUGCUGCUGCUCCUGGGGCCAGCACGGGGCUUCGGGGACGAGGAGGAGCGGCGCUGCGACCCCAUCCGCAUCUCCAUGUGCCAGAACCUGGGCUACAACGUGACCAAGAUGCCCAACCUGGUGGGGCACGAGCUGCAGACGGACGCCGAGCUGCAGCUGACAACUUUCACGCCUCUCAUCCAGUACGGCUGUUCCAGCCAGCUGCAGUUCUUCCUUUGCUCGGUGUAUGUGCCAAUGUGCACGGAGAAGGUCAACAUCCCCAUCGGCCCCUGCGGCGGCAUGUGCCUUUCGGUCAAGAGACGCUGCGAGCCCGUCCUGAAGGAAUUCGGAUUCGCCUGGCCGGAGAGCCUGAACUGCAGCAAAUUCCCCCCCCAGAAUGACCACAACCACAUGUGCAUGGAAGGGCCAGGGGACGAGGAGGUGCCCUUACCUCACAAAACCCCCAUCCAGCCCGGGGAAGAGUGCCACUCCGUGGGAACCAACUCCGAUCAGUACAUCUGGGUGAAGAGGAGCCUGAACUGCGUUCUCAAGUGCGGCUACGACGCCGGCCUAUACAGCCGCUCGGCCAAGGAGUUCACAGAUAUCUGGAUGGCCGUGUGGGCCAGCCUGUGCUUCAUCUCCACCGCCUUCACCGUGCUGACCUUCCUGAUCGAUUCGUCCAGGUUUUCCUACCCGGAGCGCCCCAUCAUAUUUCUCAGUAUGUGCUAUAAUAUUUAUAGCAUCGCUUAUAUUGUCAGGCUGACCGUAGGCCGGGAAAGGAUAUCCUGCGAUUUUGAAGAGGCAGCAGAACCUGUUCUCAUCCAAGAAGGACUUAAGAACACAGGAUGUGCAAUCAUUUUCUUGCUGAUGUACUUUUUUGGAAUGGCCAGUUCCAUCUGGUGGGUUAUUCUAACACUCACUUGGUUUUUGGCAGCGGGACUCAAGUGGGGUCAUGAAGCCAUAGAAAUGCACAGCUCUUAUUUCCACAUUGCAGCCUGGGCCAUCCCUGCAGUGAAAACCAUUGUCAUCUUGAUUAUGAGACUGGUGGAUGCGGAUGAACUGACGGGCCUGUGCUACGUGGGGAACCAGAACCUCGAUGCCCUCACGGGCUUUGUGGUGGCGCCCCUCUUCACUUACCUGGUGAUCGGAACUUUGUUCAUUGCUGCGGGCUUGGUGGCCUUGUUCAAGAUCCGAUCGAACCUUCAGAAGGACGGGACAAAGACAGACAAGUUGGAAAGGCUGAUGGUCAAGAUUGGGGUCUUCUCAGUCCUGUACACGGUGCCUGCAACCUGUGUGAUCGCCUGUUAUUUCUAUGAAAUCUCCAACUGGGCGCUCUUCCGGUUUUCUGCAGACGACUCCAAUAUGGCGGUUGAAAUGUUAAAAAUUUUUAUGUCGCUGCUGGUAGGCAUCACUUCAGGCAUGUGGAUUUGGUCUGCCAAAACUCUGCACACGUGGCAGAAGUGUUCCAACAGAUUGGUGAAUUCUGGGAAGGUAAAGAGAGAAAAGCGAGGGAAUGGUUGGGUGAAGCCUGGGAGAGGCAGCGAAACUGUGGUAUAAGGCUAGCCAGCCUCCACGCUUUCCAGAUUUUGAAGGGGGAAUGCCAGCAUUUCAGUGCAAAUGCUACUAAAAGCUUCAUGCAGCGAGUCUCAGUUUGAACAAACUAGCCACACUUCAGUGACCUCUUCCCCCCCGCCCCCUCCGCCAACCCACAACCCACCGCUACUCUCCCUCCUCUCUCCCCCCAGCGUCAUAAAACAGAUGAUUUUGCUGCAAACUUUUGGAAUGAUCCAAAAUGGAAAAGCCAGUUAGAGGCUUUCAAAGCUGUGAAAAAUCAAAACAUUGAUCACUUUAGCAGGUCGCAGCUUGGAGCGUGGAGGUCCCGCCUAGAUUCCAGGAGGUCCAGGGCGAUGCUGCUUUUCCCUGCAGGAUGGGAUUUGAGCUGUGAGUAGACAACUUGCAGGGAGAAAGAUUAACUUUUUUAACCCUUUAAAAAUUUAAAUACUAACUGGGUCUUUCAGAUAGCAAAGCAAUCUAUAAACACUGGAAACCCUGGGUUCAGAGAAGUGUUACAAGAGUUUUAUAGUUUGGCUGAUCUAACAUAAACAUUUUCUGCGGUGCACUAUCUGCUGUUUAGAACUCUGGAUUGCUCUCCCAAGAGGUGGUGUCAGAAUCUUUCAGUGCCUUUGUCAUAAAACAGAAUUGUUUGAACAAACAAAAGUACUGUACAAACACACAUAAGGUAUCCAGUGGAUUUUUCUUCUCUCUCUUCCUCUUAAAUUUCAACAGCUCUGCGCUGGGCUGCUGCUGUUUUCCCCCUUUUACGUUAAUGACUCAAAAUAGGUAUUUUUAUAGGAAUUUUUGCACUGCAGCAUGCCUAAUGAGGGGGAAAGGAAGGGCGAUUCACUUUCUGACAAUCACUUAAUUCAGAGGAAAAUGAGAUUUACCAAGUCGACUUACCUUACCCACCCCAGAGACCUAUUGGUUGAGCCAUGGGGACUUAAUAUAUUUUACUUUGUGUGAUUGCAUCUAUGCAGACGCCAGUCUGGAAGAGCUAAAAUGUUAAGUUUCUUGGCAACUUUGCAUUCACACAGAUUAACUGUGUAAUUUGUGUGUGUCAAUUACAAUUAAAAGCACAUUCUUGGACCAUGACAUAAUAGUUACUCAACUGACUUUAAAACUAUGGUCAGCUUGCAUUCUCAGAAUGAUAGUGCCUUUUUUUUUCUCUCUCUCUUUAGCAUAAGAAUGUUAUCAGAGUCUGGUCUACUUACCACUGUGGAGAAUUUUUCCAUUUUGUAGAGGGAGCUAAGGACAGCUAAUCCAACUACUUGGUGCAUAAUUGUUUCCUAGUAAUUGGCAAAGGCUCGGUGUAAGAUUUCAUUGGAGGCAGUGUGGCCUGGAGUAUUUAUAUGGUGCUUAAUGAAUCUCCAGAAUGCCAGCCAGAAGCUUGAUUGGUUCGUAGGGAAUAAAGCGUAGACCGUAUGAAAUGAGCUGCAAACUCUAAUGGCACAGGUCUUAAUUGCCUCUUGUGGAGGUAUCCAGAGCUUUUAAAAAUUAUGCUUUACGUGCCUCACAAGGGGGUACCCUCUAGCAGCCUCUCCAAAGUUGCAGUCCUUUUAAAAUUGUAACUGGCCUUUCCCCUAACCCGCCUUAGGCCUUCUAAUCACCACAUCUCUGGGACAAAUUGUGGACGAUGUCGAUGUCGCAGGUUGCUGUCCUUGAAGUUCAUACCUGUCUUUGCUUCAGCAACUCCUCUGCGAUGACUCACUCAUUUAUUUAUUCAUGCCCUUCCCUCUGCUCUAAAACAGGUAGGAAAGCGCUCUUACCAAAUUUCUUUGUGGAAAAGUACUUCCAGGGACCCCAAAUCCCAAAUAGGAGUUCCAGUGCUAGAAAUGAGCAUGGGGUUUUUUUGGUGUGUUUGGGCCUUGCGCCCCCAGUGGAACAUUUGCCUCCUUCUCUUCUCUGUUUGGGCCUGGCUUCUCGAACUGAGAUGAAGGUGCAGGUGAGGUGUGUUGCGCGCUUUGGAAGGGCCAGUCUUGGGGGCUUCAGGUGCAGACACUUAAGUGAGCACGGGUGGCCCCUGCUGUGUGUGCUGAGCCUGGCUGGACUCUGGGGCAGGGCUCCAGGAACAUGAGAAGUGAUCCCCAGAAGGACCAGUUGAACUCCAUCAGAGACCAGGUCGCCUAUGAAAUGUAACAUGUGACCGGCCGUGCUGCCUGGAGACGGUUCCCAUAGCUGGCCAGGGCCCCGGAGCCUGCACCCAGGGGCAGAGCCUGCCCUUACUCACGCUCCGCUCCAGUGUCUUGGGAGUUGUGAGGCGACUCCGGCCCAGGAAAGGGGAAGGAGGACCAGGCAGCUGGGCGCUGGCCUGACUGUUGGUGUGUAGGGCUUCGUGAUGCGGUUCUUGGAAUGUUUCCGUGACUGUGUGACCAAGGCAGCACCUAGCAGCGGGCCAGGCACAGAACGGGUGCUCGACUAGUAAUGAUGAGUCCUUGGGUGGACCCGGACGCCCGAGUUCUGGAGCUUGCUGUGUUGCAACAUGUCCUUUCCGUACAUCUCUCGCCUUCUCGGGGGAAGUAUGUUUGCUCGGAAGUGGCCAUGGGUGCAGACUAGAUGCGUAGCCUUGGCGAUGUCACAGGGUUAUCGGCUGUUCCUUUCACAUUCCAGACCGUGGAGAGUGUUAACGGUUUCAGGAAAGGAGCUUUGUGGCUGAGGCGUCAGUUACCAGUUCCCUUGAAGUGACUCCGUCACCACUUAAGUUGGUAUCUGUUAAAAAAAAAAAAAAAAGCGACUUCUCAGAAUUAUCAGCACGUUUAUCGAGUGCCAACUGCACGUAAAGCCCUGUGUUAAGCACCUUAGGGGUUGUCGGUGGGGCGGGUAAGCGCUAUUCUCCUGACUGAGCUGGAUGGGGACGCGCCUGGGUCUUUCGGGAGGAGCGGGGCCUCUGCAUCGCACCGCCGCCUGUUUCUCCAUCUCUGUCCCAGAACCCUCUUUCUGGGUCUUUCUCCCUUUCACACGUCACUCAUCCCUUCCCAGGAUUCCUUGCAAAUUGAUUUACAGGGGUUUUGCUGGAAAGCAUCAGCUCUGUUUCAUGACAAUCGGCGUGGAAAUCUCCUAGGAAGACCAUGAACAGGGGCCAUAAGGACAUGAGCUCCUGCAUCUCAUGUGACCUCGGGGACAGGCACUUGAGGGCUGGAGGUCUUCCAGUGACUCAUACCGGUGAAUCUGAGGACAGCCUCUUGCUGGGGAAAAGGUUAGGGUUCUUUCUCUUUCUCUGAAAUCUGGGAUAAAUAGGUAUGACCGUAGCUUCCUAUUAAAUCCCCUGGCCUCAGCAGGGCCCAGGGGCUCCUCUGUCCAGCCUCCUCUCUGAAAAACUCCUUUCUCCUCCUUCAUAAAGGCCACACCUCAGGGCAGAGGAACAUGGGGAGGGUGGAACUGGCCAAAGCCGCCUGGUGGAGCUACUUGGUUGAUUCAUAUCCUUUUUCCUCUCUGGAGACCCGUUUCCUGAUCUCUGAGACGGCUUCUGAGCUGGCAGCUUACUCAGAGACCUGAACCGGAGGAGGGGUGACACUUUUCAUUUCCCUGAGACGCUCUCUGACUUUGCUUUCCCCGCCCCCACAUCCCUCUCUCACCUGCACCCCCCAAACCUGGAACCUGGGAAACUUCUGUAUCUGGAUUCCGAACCGUGCCUUUAUUAGCACCCCAGGCUCGGUGCUCUCUGCCCACCACCCACCCCGCCCCUCAGCCUCCUGGUCACUAAAUUCAGUGUUGGAACCUGAGUGUGUAAAGAGGAACUCGGCAGCCUCAGCCCUGGAGGGCAGACACAGUUUAAGGGGAUUUUGCCAGGAUGGUGCAAUCUUCGGCUUCUGGCGAGGUGGCCACAACCGCAGUUGGGGAAGAGGCGCAGGCUCUGCAAGAAGCAUUCAGGACCCAUCUACAGCCUGAAUUUCAUUCUGUGAUGGAGGGGAUCCGGAAGGGUUGCUCUUCCAGCCAAUUAUAUCAAGUCAUCGGACUCCAAAGGUUCUUUCUGUUCCUUUAUUGUAUUUGGGUUCAGAGUCCCCGUCUGGGUUUGUAUUAUAUCUGGCAAAGGACCUGGGUUCUCAUUUUUCUUCUUGGGCUUAGGCUGUAGAUCUUGGAAACUCCUUGUUUCACUGUGGCCUGGGCAGAGCUCUUUGCUGCUGCCUCUUGCCCUGACCAUGUGCGGUGAUGAUACGUGGGCCAUUUCCAGGAGGGAGAUGAACCCUGGAUCCCCCCAGUGGGCUUCUUCUCCUUGAUAAACCCACUUGCUUGUUUCUGUUUCUGAUUGGCCUUGCUUCCCUUCCUUGCACCAGCAAAUUCCCGGUGUUCACCCAGGCGACUUGUAGAGGGCCUGCUUGGGGUCCUAGAUGAGCUGUGUCCUCCAAGCUUCUAUGGCUCCCCCACCGCCUGCAAUAUUCAGUGCAUGACCACUGUCAUCCCAGAAGGCUUCUGAGGGGAGGGUGAGCGCUCUGGCCCCUGGAGGCUGGGUCCCUCUGCUCUCCCAGGUGUGCUGCCGUGGGCUUUGGGAGGGGGAGUCUGCUUCCCAGGCCUCUCCCAAGGGGGCAUCUAGGUGGUCCCGAAUCUUUUCCUACCUCACAGGGAUGUUGUGAGACUUUAGAAGGGAUAAGGACAAAGGCCCCUGGAGCUCUUUGUAGAAAAGGCAGAAGAAAGGUCAAGUGUGGUCUAUGCAAAGAUGAAAUAUGGCCUGCUGAUGCUGCAGACAAGCUCAUGCUCUCUGGGCCUUUCUUGGGUCCCGUGCCAGCCACAGCGCCAGCCACCUCGAGGCCAACCUGGGGGACUUCCGGAUUUCGACAUAGAGGUACCAGGCAAACCCCUACUCCAUGCCCUGAACGAAUUGCUGACCGACAGAGGCGAUGGACCCUGCUUUUGAGGAUGUACAAACGUGUGUCUGCGUUGAUGUCUGUACUGUAAAUUUCUAAUUUAUCACUGUACAAAAAACAAUCUUGGCUAUUUAAUUUUUGUAUUAAAGGAAAAUAAAGUUUUGUUUGUUA